GCAGCCGUGCCGCAUGACUCACGACGGGGGCAGGAGCGGCGAAGGGGAUGUAAACAGGAGGCCGGCUGCGCGAGGCCUAACCUGUACCCGCUCGACCAAUGGGAAGCCGCGCUCCGCCGCAUCGCUCGCCGAUCCCUCUUCUCUCAUUGGUCCUCCGUCGCGUCGGUUGCAGUUUCGCAGUCACACCGCAGAGAAGCGGUGAGAGAGAGACGAAGGAGGUAGACAUAGAGAGAGGGAGAUGGAGAAAAAUAAUAUGAUUAAUCUGUCAAAGGCGAAUUUCUGCUCGCGCUGACGUUCGACUUCAGGCGCGCGGUUUACUUUGUGGACUGUGAGCCGACGGUGUAGUGGCAGUGGGAGCGCGUGGCGCUUGUGUAACCUCGCGGAGUGUCGACGCUCGUCUUCCGCCGCCUGGUCGUUUCAGCACCGGACAGCGACACACCGGCGAGCCGAGACGCGUAGAACCAGGAAGGGGGGAACCCUGAGGUUGAGCGAGCCUCCCCCUUCCGCCACCCCCACCAACGAACGACACAACAACACAGCCCGUCCGACCCUCGCUUGGCUCGAGGGUUGGGGGGGGGCGACAAUGCGCGGCUAGAUGACUCCGCCACAACAAGCGCCACGGUAGUCCUGGACUAAUAAUACAGCAGCGCCACGUCCCCUCCUCCUCCCCCCUCACCUCCCUUCUGUCUCCAUUCGCUGAUUCCAAGUCCUCCUGACUAAAGGCACCAUGGGAAAUCGUGGCAUGGAGGAUCUGAUCCCGCUGGUCAACCGGUUGCAGGAUGCCUUCAGCUCCAUCGGCCAGGCCUGCAACCUGGACCUGCCGCAGAUCGCGGUGGUCGGCGGGCAGAGCGCAGGCAAGAGCUCCGUGCUGGAGAACUUCGUCGGCAGGGACUUUCUGCCCCGUGGUUCUGGUAUCGUCACCCGCAGGCCUCUGGUUUUGCAGCUCAUCAGUGCAACCGCUGAAUGGGCUGAAUUCCUCCACUGCAAGGGGAAAAAGUUCACCGACUUCGACGAGGUGCGCCAAGAGAUUGAGGGCGAGACCGAUCGGGUCACGGGGGCCAACAAAGGCAUAUCUCCUGUCCCCAUCAACCUGCGGGUUUACUCCCCUCACGUGCUGAAUCUGACCCUCAUCGACCUGCCGGGAAUCACCAAGGUGCCAGUUGGAGACCAGCCUGCGGACAUCGAGCAGCAGAUCAGGGACAUGAUCAUGCAGUUCAUCAGCAGAGAGAGCUGCCUGAUCCUGGCCGUCACCCCGGCAAACACCGACCUGGCCAACUCUGACGCCCUCAAACUGGCGAAGGACGUCGACCCCCAGGGCUUAAGGACCAUUGGAGUGAUCACCAAACUGGAUCUGAUGGAUGAGGGAACAGAUGCCCGAGACGUUCUGGAGAACAAACUGCUGCCGCUACGAAGAGGGUACAUUGGCGUGGUGAACCGCAGUCAGAAGGACAUUGAUGGCAAGAAGGACAUUAAGGCGGCUUUGGAGGCUGAGAGGAAGUUCUUCCUGUCCCAUCCGAGUUACAGGCACAUAGCCGACAAAAUGGGCACCCCUCGCCUGCAGCAAGUGCUCAACCAGCAACUGACCAACCACAUUCGGGACACCCUGCCAGCUUUCCGCAGCAAGCUGCAGACCCAGCUGUUGGCUCUAGACAAGGAGGCGGAGGAAUACCGGGGAUACCGGCCCGAUGACCCGUCUCGCAAAACCAAGCAGCUGUUGCAGAUGGUGCAACAGUUCUCUGUUGAUUUUGAGAAGAGGAUUGAAGGCUCGGGGGAUCAGGUGGACACGGUGGAGCUGUCUGGUGGAGCGAAAAUCAAUCGCAUCUUUCAUGAGCGCUUCCCUUUUGAACUCGUCAAGAUGGAAUGUGAUGACAAGGAGAUGCGGCGUGAGAUCAGCUACGCCAUCAAGAACAUUCAUGGUAUCAGAACUGGGCUUUUCACCCCUGAUAUGGCGUUUGAGGCUAUAGUGAAGAAGCAGAUUGUGAAGCUGAAGGAGCCAUGCAUCAAAUGUGUGGACAUGGUCAUCCAAGAGCUGAUCAACACCGUGCGCCAGUGCUCCAACAAGCUGGAAUGCUUCCCGACGCUCCGCGAGGAAACCGAGAGGAUCGUCACCUCUCACAUCCGGGACAGGGAGAGUCGCUCCAAGGACCAGGUUCUGCUGCUGAUUGAUCUGCAGCUCUCUUACAUAAACACCAAUCAUGAGGAUUUUAUUGGCUUUGCUAGCGCUCAGCAGAGGAGCAGUCAGACUAACAAGAGCCAGAGUUCAGCAGGAAAUCAGGUCAUCCGUAAAGGCUGGCUGACCAUCAACAACAUCAGCAUCAUUAAGGGAGGAGCCAAGGAGUACUGGUUUGUGCUCACUGCCGAGAGUCUCUCUUGGUUCAAGGACGAUGAGGAGAAGGAGAAGAAGUACAUGCUCCCCCUGGACAACCUGAAGGUCCGCGAUGUGGAGAAAAGUUUCAUGUCCAGCAAACACAUAUUCUCCAUCUUCAACACAGAGUCCAGGAACGUCUACAAGGACAAUCGCACUCUGGAGUUGGCCUGUGACUCCCAGGAUGACGUGGACAGCUGGAAGUCAUCCCUCCUCCGUGCCGGGGUCUACCCUGACAAGACCACCACGGUUGAGAGCGAGACGACCACCACCACCACCGACAACUUCUCCAUGGACCCUCAGCUGGAGCGCAAAGUGGAAACCAUCCGCAACCUGGUGGAUUCCUACAUGGCUAUUGUCAGCAAGUGCAUCCGGGAUCUCAUCCCAAAGACCAUCAUGCAUCUGAUGAUCAACAAUGUGAAGGACUUCAUCAAUGCGGAGCUGCUGGCGUGCCUGUACUCUGCAGGUGACCAGAAUGCCCUGAUGGAUGAGUCCCAGGAGCAGGCCCAGAGGAGGGACGAGGUGCUGAGGACCCACCAGGCCCUGAAGGAGGCCCUGGCCAUCAUAGGUGACAUCUCUACAUCCACCAUCACAACCCCCAUGCCUCCGCCUGUUGACAACUCCUGGGUGGGAGGAUCCACCGGCGGUCGCAGGUCUCCUCCUCCGAGUCCCACGGCCCCCAGAAGGAUGUCUUCGGGCCAGCGGCCGGCGCCCAGAGGGGCCCCACUGCCACCAAACCGUCCAGGACCUUUGGGACCCUUCAACAACAGUGCUGAUAGCCCCCAGGCACCCAGCCGCCCCAACAGGGCCCCCCCUAGCAUCCCCAGCCGGCGACCACCGCCGUCUCCUACAAGACAAGCCCCGCCAUAAUCACCCUACCGGCGUGAUUUCCCCUCGUCCGCGCCCCUUCUGUCUCCCACCCCUCUCUCUUAGCCAUGGCUCUGCUGUCCUCGUCUCUCCUUAGCGAAGACGCCCGCCGAAAUCUUUGACCCCUUCAACCUCAGUUUCCCGCCAGGUGAAGACGUCCAUGUAUUUAUGUACAGUACAGUACUCGUCUUGUGGUGUAUGUGUAUAUGCACUUGUUGCUCGCCUGUGAUCCAGGUUCGCUUAGCAGGUCCACUACCCUGAAACCCCCGCCCUCCCUUUUCCUCUCCUCCCUACAACCCAUGCGGUUCAACCAGCACCCCCAGUCGCUGCUUCUACAUAAAAAAAAACAACAACAAAAAAACAAAACAAAUAAAAAAUAGGCUCAGCAAUCAUACUGCCCUACUCAUUCCAAAACGCAGCAUGCCACAUAAGCUGCUUUUAUUGCAUGGGAGUGUAUGCGUGCGUGGGCGUGUGUGUGUGUGUUUUCGGGAGAGGGAUUAAUUUGCCUAUAUGUAGGCUGAGUUUGAUUUAGUAUUGUAUUAAUUUAUUGUAUAAUGCCCCGCCCCCUCUCCCCCACCGAGUGUUGAUGUUCUCUUAGGAACAGAAGUUGUAUCUUAGUAUAAGUGCGUAUAAGCUUGAUUUUUUUUUUGUUUGUUUCUUUCUGUGUGAAUAAUACAUUGUACAUGUGAGUGGGCGUGUGUGUGCGUGUGUGAGGACACGUGUGCAUGUGCCGUCUCUGCACGUUUGUUGGCGUUUCAGUUCUGUUUGUUUUCACUGUCAAAGCUGUUAAUGAUGAAUCAUAUAUAUAUAUAUAAAAAAAAAAAACAACCCUGCGGGGGGAACAUUCAGUGUUUGACUUUUGUGAGUUGUUCCUGUGUUGUAGUAGCAGCCAUACAUGCAUAGCAGGGCUGAGGAGCACCUUUGAUAUUCUCUAUAUGGACACACAGCCUCGACAACACGUUUAACCUCGUCAUAGGUGUCCACCUGUGCUGUAUCCAUGGUCAGAUUGUGACCCCCGAACCGAAGGGCCUCAAGCUCCCAUUCAGAUGCUGACUGGAAGUGAAGCUUUGGUUAAAACUAACAAUUAAGCAAAAGCAAAAAUACAACGGCAGAACAACUUAUUCGACACGAGACACUCCAUUCAGCUACACUCUUAAAAUUGCUGGGUUCAGAUUGACCCAAUUUAGGUUGUUAACCGAGUCCUGCAUCAACGAGUUGAUUCAACGCCACAACGGUUGGUUAUGGGUUUGUACCAGCAUAUGUUAAAAGUAGUGCUGUCAAUCGAUUUAAAAAAUGGAAUUACAUUAAUUGUACUCUAGCGCUUUGGUUAAUCACGUGUGAAAUGUAAAAAUGCACGUCAUCAUAAAAAUGUUAGAGAAAAUCUAUUAUUGUCUGAAACCAAAACGUUUCAGUUUUCCAGGUUUUUAUGUUCUGGAUUUUGUUUCAAACUUGAUUUAAAACGUUAGUUAUGAACUAGUUGUGCUUCGGUGGAAGGAUAGCAGAUCAUUGCAAUAAGUACAUACUACCUUAGUUUAAUAGAAAACUCCAUUGCGCUGUUUUCACCUUUUAACUCGCAGUUGCGACUCUUUGCUGACCGCAGUCCAAGACCAUGCUGCUGUCUACUAGGUAAGUCUCCACAGAAGAGAGGCUUUUAGGUCUAAAUAGGUAAUGUAAAUAAUCUGCAUUGUGAAAUACUAGUAAUUUCUGUAAAUUAAUAAAGAUAAAGAAUAAAUCGCUCCAACACCUGGAUUACUAAACAAGUAGUAUUAUUAAAAUUAAUAAAAAAAAAUUUUUUUUUCAUUUUUACUUUAAAUUCUGACUGAUUAUAAAUUCCGAAGUGAAUUAUUAUUUAAUAAAACUAUUUACUGUAUGGUUAAAUGUUAAUGACAAGCACUUUAACUUGAGCAAAACUCAUCCCCAGCAUAAAAAACUUUAGGUCUUUAUAAUGAAAAUCAUUUUUGGUUUCAUUAGUGCAUCUGUGGUUUAUUUCCUUAUUAAAUAAAUACAACUUAAACUAAUAAUAUUGAAAUAUAAUUGCAAGAAUAGGUGAAGUAGAAAUAAAUACAGCUUUUUAGCCCGUCUAUAUUGGCUUUAUUGUUAAAAAUAGCUAACAGUAGAUGGUGCUAACUUCUUAGCAGCUAAAAAGUUAAGGGAGCUUGUUUUUUAACUCGACAGAGUGACAAUAUUAUAAUGCAGCAUAACAUUACCAUUUAUUUUAUCGUUAAAUAUGGUCAGACUGCUGUUGAGUUCAAAAUGGCUGUCUGUGAAGAGUGAUGAGGCUCCUGCUAGCUUAACCCAACAAACUUGGUCUCAAUGCUAGGCCCAGUGUUUGGUUAAAACUACCCAAUUUCUAUGUCUUAACAGCACAAACACAACAUUUCUGCUUAAGAAAUUUCCCGGCUAUUUUCAGAGUGGAUCUAUAGAGGAGGAUUAGUCUAUUCCGAAUGUCAUUGGGUUCUCUCCGGUCAGCCUUUUUCUCAGGUCUGACCCAAACAUUUAUGCCCAUCACGAACUUCCGCUCCAGUUUUAGCCCACUCGUCGUUUCCGCUCAAAACCCAGACGCUGCUCCGUCAGCAUUUGUAUCAGAGCUUAAGGUCGUAUCGUCAGUGUUCAAGUGCUUCUCUGUCACUUUGUUAUUGUGUAUGUAAGCCUAAGCUGUAUUCUGAUGUAUAUAGGUAAUGAUAAGGACAUAGUGUACCAGUGGACUCUACAGACCUCGUCAAGAAUCCUAGCGCUUUAAUCGUUCUCUUUGUCUGUAUUCACUAUAUUCUCUCCUCUCUCUAAUUUAGACUGCCUUAAUGGCAGUCUAAAUAAAGGAUUAUAAUUCUUUAUUGCCAAAGUUAAACACAGAAGGAGAAUUAUGAAGUGAAAAAAAAAUAGAAAAGAAAUGAAGCUAAAAGGUUCCAGUUGAUGUGAAAUUGGCUAAAAUUGUUUAGCAGAGAAAGUAUUGUUCAAUUUGGAAAUGCACAAGUUGUUAAUUUUCUGUGUCUGUAUCGCUCCUCAAUAAACUUCUUCCUCAUAAUGUCA